AUGAGCCGCGUGGUCUCACUGCUGCUGGGCGCCGCGCUGCUCUGUGGCCACGGAGUUUUCUGCCGCCGGGUGGUCAGCGGCCAAAAGGUGUGUUUCGCUGACCUCAAGCAUCCCUGCUACAAAAUGGCCUACUUCCAUGAACUGUCCAGCCGAGUGAGCUUCCAGGAGGCACGCCUGGCUUGUGAGAGCGAGGGGGGAGCCCUUCUCAGCCUGGAGAAUGAAGCAGAACAGAAGCUAAUAGAAAGUAUGUUGCAAAACCUGACAAAACCAGGAACGGGGAUUUCUGAUGGUGAUUUCUGGAUAGGGCUUUGGCGAAACGGAGAGGGGCAAACAUUUGGUGCUUGCCCAGAUCUCUACCAGUGGUCUGAUGGAAGCGGUUCCCAGUACCGAAACUGGUAUACCGAUGAACCUUCCUGCGGAAGUGAAAAGUGUGUUGUGAUGUAUCAUCAACCAACAGCCAACCCAGGCCUUGGGGGUCCCUACCUUUACCAGUGGAACGAUGACAGGUGCAACAUGAAGCACAAUUACAUCUGCAAGUAUGAACCAGAGAUUAACCCAACUUCUCCUGUAGAAAAGACUUAUUUUACAAAUCAACCAGGAGACACCCAUCAAAAUGUGGUUGUUACUGAAGCAGGCAUAAUUCCCAAUCUAAUUUAUGUUGUUAUACCAACAAUCCCACUGCUUUUAUUGAUACUGGUCGCUUUUGGAACCUGCUGUUUCCAGAUGCUGCAUAAAAGUAAAGGAAGAACAAAAACUAGCCCAACCCAGUCCACACUGUGGAUUUCAAAAAGCACCAGAAAAGAAAGUGGCAUGGAGGUAUAAUAAUUCACUGCCUUGGCUCCAGAACAGAAAAUAAGAUUUUCUAAUCCUGGAUCUGCAUCAGGAAUGGCAUCAGAACAUUAGCUUGGAAUGGCUUGAAAUCUCAAAGGAUCUGCAAGAUGAACUGUAAGCUCCCCCUUGAGGCAAAUAUUAAAAUAAUUUUUAUAUGUCUAUUAUUUCAUUUAUAAAAUACGCUGUGCUAAUAAUGGAGUGAGACAUGCUUAUUUCGCUAAAGGAUGCACCCAAACUUCAAGUAAAUGGAAUGGACCAUGCUGAUAAAAUUGCUGUCAACACAUCAGAGAAGUGUAUGUGUUGGAAGCAGUUAUUUUUGUUUCUGUCACUUUUCAUAAGUUAUAAUCUAGUUAAUGUAAUGUAAAUUGUACUAAAAUUUACAGUGUGCAAAAGUAUUUUACCUUUACAUAAGUGUUUGAUAAAAAUGGGCUGUUCUAGUAUUUAUUUUUAUGGUGUUUCAUUUUUCAAUACAUGUUGUUUUGAUUAAAGAAAUGUAUCACUGUUUUCAACUGAAUCCACACACACGUAGGUCUAUUACCAUAGAAGAAGUUUCUUUUAUAGAAAUGGUUCAUCUUCUUUCAGUUUCUCUGCUCUGGGGUCAGACAAUGUUUAGGAAAUCUCUUCAGAAAUAAGAAGCUUUUU